UACGUCAUAUUCACACCUGAGCAUCACCAGUCCCUCUCAAGGCCUCAACGUUCAACGUUCUGUGUAAAGCCUGUUGUCUCUGCAAGAUUUAAAACUCCGUUAGAACUUUUAAACCGUCGCGCACUUUGUCCUUUCACUUCACAUUGUUCUUUAGAUUUGCACGCCUCUGUUGUUAAAUGGCCGCCGCAUAUCCCAUUGCCAUUCACUCUCUUGCAACCAAGUUUCCCGAUUUGCUGCAUAUCCCCGUUGUAGAGCAUCUGAGAAUCAAUGAAUCCAAGGCUGCUGGGGAUCCUCUUGAUGAGAAUGCUGCACACAGUGCAGAGAUGACGGUAAAGGAAUUAACCAUCCUCAGGCGUUUUAAUGCUGUUCCGGAGCUCACCGAUGCUCAUAUGGAAGGUGUCAGAAACCGCGCACAUAUGUUGCGUGCAAUUCAUGCAAGUAGAGCAAUUGGGCCGGGCGACAUUCUAGCUACCUUGGAUGACAUUCGAGGAAACGUGGAUGACAUUCGAAGAAACUUGGAUGACAUGCAAAGGAAUUCCGCUGAAACCUUGGAACAGAUCCAAGCAAUCAUGCAGCGGAACCAGGCCAUGUUCGCCAAUAUUCGACUGGCAAGACAAAACCACGUGGUACCUCGUGAUCGAGACAACUACGCUCCACUUCAGAAAACCACAAGUGGACAUGGUCGUAAUCUUGCAGUACAAGCGUCCCGGCAAGAGCAUCUUAACCAGAUCCCCCCCAGUGCCACCAUCCAGGUCGCUGAAGUAGGAACUUGCCCCCCCUUCUGGAAUCCUAUCGUCGAUCAGUAUACAAUGAGAACCAUCUUCCAGUUGAUCAUCUUCUAUAACGAUGAUUUCGACAUUCAACCGGCAGAUAAUGUGGAGGUCAGGAAAUACAAAUUUCGUCGCUGGCUGUGUUCGGUAAGUCUUGUUGUUUACAUGCUCAACUCAUGAUUUUCUUCGACUUACACAAUGCUGUUUAGUAAGUGCUCCUGUUUCGUUUUGCAGGCGACUUUCAUUGUAGUUCGCUGCCUCACGUCAUGCGUUGUAUUGUUAUUGUUGUCAUUAUUGGUCAUCGCAUAGUAGAAUUCCCUUAUCAUACGUGUCUGUACGCUCUCGUACUACUUUCGUUCCGCCGUCUCUUACAAUUAAUUUCCUAGCAUGUAUUGCAUUUCAAGUACAAUCGUUGUCUUCAAACACGUGUUCGAAUUCAGGCCUAUUAUGAGCCCCAAUUUCUAAGCAAAAUCAUACACUAAAGCUAUCGUGGCAUUGAACACUGCAUCCACUGCUCAGCGCUCAGUGACUACGACUCGCCGUAAUUUUAUUGUGAUAAUGUGUUCCUUUCCUCGAC